GGUGAAGUCGACUUCGCUGACUUUCGUUAUUGACCAUGGAAUAUGCGGUAUAUAACACGCAAAGUGCCCAGAAGAUAGUUCGGACUAAAAGUAAUUAAGCUUCUACGUUCAAUUUCAUCUUCACUUACUACCAGUCGUUAUUUGACAAUGGAACUCUCCAACAAAGCCGCAUACCUUCUCAGCCCGAACAGUCCCCUGAUCGAGGUCAAACCUGCACCUGUCCCACAGCCUGGACCAAAUGAACUACUCAUCCAAACACAAGCCGUUGCUAUCAACCCAGUUGACGCUGUCAAACAGUCCAUGGGCAACAUGAUGUUUGAGUGGCUCACCUAUCCCCUUAUCCUCGGUUACGACGUAGCCGGUCAAGUCGUCAAAACUGGCGUGGACGUUACUCGAUUCAAAGAGGGAGACAGAAUCGUGGGAGUGGCAGCAGGUAUGGAUAAGCGCGGAAGAAGACCUGAUGAAGGCGCUUUCCAGCAGCUUGUCGUAAUCAGAGAGCAUUUGGCUAUAAAAGUGCCUGAUGGUAUGAAGAGCGCUGAUGCCAGCGUCUUAUCUCUCACUGCGGUUACCGCUGCGUGCACGCUGUUUCAGGAGGAUCAACUAGGUCUUCAAAUGCCGCAGAUCAAGGCGCACCGUGAGCCUACUGGGGAGACAGUCCUGGUUUGGGGGGCCAGCACGAGUGUGGGGAAGAACGCCGUACAACUUGCUGUCGCGGCUGGCUACGAUGUUAUUGCUACGGCGUCACCCAAGAAUUGGGAAGCCGUGCGUGGUCUCGGUGCAUCUGCAGUAUUCGACUAUCGCAGCUCGUCAGUCAUAGACGAUGUGGUGACAAGUCUGAAGGACAAGAAGUGCGCAGGUGCCGUAGCCAUCGGACAAGGUUCCCUGGCAAAGUGUGUCGACAUUAUCAAUAGGAUCCCUGGUGCUGCGAAGAAUGUCGCACAAGUCACGAUUGAUAUGCCGGCGUCGCCGCCAACAAGCAAGUUAUCUAUGAUUCCAUUCGUCGUACAGUACCUCUGGUUAUCUUCAACAAACAGACUCAAGGUCUUGAGCAGCGGGGUUCGAAGCAAGUUUGUAUUCGGUACAGAUAUCAUCGAGUGGGAUAUUGAUGGGAAGAUGUCGCAGUAUCUCAGCGAGGCAUUAGAUGUUGGGGAGUAUGUUCUGCCUUCCGAGGCUUGCGUCAUCGGAACAGGUUUGGGGAUGAUUUCCCAGGGACUGGAUAUGGUGCGAAACGAGAAGUCUGGAAAGAAGAUUGUAGUUGUGUUGGAGUGAGGAAGCUUUGUUUCUCCCAUAUAUCAACUGUUUAGAAUGUUCUUGCGUAUAAUCCGAAAAAUAUCAAUCUCAACUCGCAUGAGUACAUGUAAUCAGCUAGUUGAGAUCCUCUCGCC